AUGGCCUUUGAAAGCACCAUGGAGAUCACACGCGGCGGCGUGGAGACCAAGCAGGGCGCCCCGCAGCAGGAGACGCCUGUGGCUGACGAGUCGUCGGCUAUGACGUUCGCCAUCCCGGCACCCAUCGCGUCGCUGCUCACGCGCUACGAGGGCUCCGACGUGCUGCCGAUUGGCUGGCGCGAGGGCCCGAGCAACAAGGGCAUCCAGGUCGUCUACGGUGAAGUGGACGGCAAGGGCAGCGAGUGGUACACCAUGAAGACGACGGGCAUGCUCCACGUGAGUGCUACCAAGGCCGCACAGAUUCUCAUGCGCAGCGACAUGGUGCCCAAGUUUGACGACAUGACAAAGGAAGUUAAAGUCAUGGAGAAACUCAGUGACGCCUCUGAGGUGCGUCGUGUGACCGCCAAGUCAAUUAUGUUCACGGCCGCUCGAGACUUCUCUGUCGUGUCUACCUACCGUGAAGAAGCCAGUGGCCGCAUCCUCAUCGCCACACGUUCAGUCGAGUACGUACCCGAACGCAAGGGUUACGUUCGUGCGACCAUUUUGAUUUCGGGCUACGUGGUGACGCCUCACCCGACCAACCCCAACAUGUGCGAGAUGAGUGUGAUUGCGCACAUGGAUCUGGGCGGCAACCUGCCGGCUAUGGUCGUGCGUUACCUCGGUCUGUCUGCGCCGAUCAAGCUCGUCGAGAAGAUCCACGAGAUCACUCUGCGGGCAUAAUAUGCGUAACUUUUCCUCCAGAAAUCACAGUCAGAUAGCAUGUACCAGUAGUAAGCUAACCACGAAGAAAGAUAAGAACGUGGUUUUCCAAGUUUUA